AUGUUCCAUCCACUGAUAACAGUGUUAAACAACUACUCUUCAAGAGGUGGGAAAAUGGUUGUGGAGAUAGUUGUUGUGCUGCGAAAGAAGACCUCUGUUGUCCUUAAAGAAGAUGAAGAAGGAUUUGAGAGGUUGAAGCUAGAUAAAAUUUACAAAGAAGGUUGGUAUGUGGUAUUUCAAGCUAGAGAACAAAAUGAUGCAGAAUUUCAAAAAUCAUGUUUCUUGCUCCCGGAUAAACAUUUAUACACUACUUCCAGUCUUGAAUUUAUUUUGGACCUGGUCAAAAAUUCAGGGGCAACAACAAGAGUGACAAAAAGUUCUUCUCAGAAAUGA